GUUACGACGGGUUGUGCAAAAAGGGAUUACCGCAGUCGAAUUUGAAAAUGCAUAUAGAAAUUAAAAUGGCUAUAUUGGCUACAAAUUUGUUUCGCUCUUCGUUGUGCUUGGCUACAUUUGGGCUACAGUUUCUCUAGCUUUGGGCUACGCCGCCUUGUCCGACCUGGCAACACUGCUCUCCACUUUAAUCCGAGCCUUAAAUUUUUUUGCUUCCUGAUUUCUGCCCAGGGAAUCAUGGGGAAGCUCCAUCGUGAUUAGCGGGACCAAUAACGAGUUUGGAGUUUACCGGUUGGUUCUUUAUUCUGUGCUGAUUGCUUGCAGCAGCAACACCAUGAGAAACAUGAGUCUUCAUUGUUGCAUGCCUGAUUUUGCACUGACACUGCUGACUCAAAGACAGUGUACUACACUCCACUGUUGUGCACUAAGCCAAACGACGUCCACCAAUGCCAGCGAAGUUUGUUCGAGCGCUUGUGAUGUACAGCACAGUCUUUUGAACAACUUGACUAAGUACAGUAAAGGUAGACUGUUCUUAAUUCACUGCAGUGAAUGCUAUUUUUUAGAGAACAGAAGCGAGGAGGCUCCAUGGAAAAUGUAUUCUUACAGUCCGUGCAUUAAAUGCAUUGCACUUGAGUGCACUGCAAGAAGCUCACUUUCUUUGCGACUGUUUUGCUUCACAACCUUGUGUCGAGUUGUGCGCUUGUGCUGUCCUAUCGCACAAAUUGAGUGUGAUGUGUCAGUGUGCGCAUGCAUUGCAUACUGUUGUAGCUUACCGCGGGCUGUCUGAGUAUUCCAGGUUCAUUGGAUAAACGAGAGACAGUGCAAGACUGUACAUGAAGUUGGACACAACAAUGCCUUUAUACCAGGUUUUUUUUCCCUUGUCAUUGAAUUAAUUGUCCCACUUCACUGGAGUUUAAAUCCUUAAGGUCCUUCAAAUACUUACAAGAGUGGAGCAAAUGGUAACUCGGAUGACGCAGCACAUUUGCCUCCAAAUCUGCUUCAAGUUGUGAAGAACACAACACGAGUCUCGUGCGUUUGUGCUGCACCCAUGCAAGAUGAAGCAUUAAUUAUGGAGUAUCAGUGAGUGGCUGCUCGUAAAGUCCCUGAAUAUGCUUGCUUUAAAGCAUAUGCAGGAUCUUUAACUGCACUUAGCUUCAAGUGUAUCAUGCAAAAUCUAGAACAGCUUCCACGUUUGUGCAGCUGUACACUUCUAUGGAAAGCAAAAACAUAGCACUCUGCAGAACCCCGUGGCCUUAAGUGUUAUUGUCACAAAACUACCAGUAUUGACAAGGAUGAGUUCAAAUUGUUUCGACUGAGGUGUGGCGGGGAUGGGGUCUUGCUUUCUUUGCCAAAUACAGACUAAUUUCAGCACGUGCACUUGAAUUAUGUCCUACUGCCCUUCCACCCUAUGCAUACUACUAUAUUUUGUAUUUUACAAUAAUUUUCUUGUCAGAUGUAAAACUUAAAUGUGCUGAAGAGCCUGUUUUACACAACUAGCUUUACAUAUUUGGGAUGGCUAAGAAAUACAAAGCUUGUCUACAUUAGAGUUUUCAAGUAUGUACAAUAUACAACAAUGACGAAGUGGAAAAAGACAACUGGGGGGAUUUUUUUUGAAAAGGGCUCUGGAGUUAAGCAUGUCUCAUUGACCUUUGAUAGGUUUAAUGUUCCACAGCAACAUUGGGGUUGUCAACGACUCCUGAGUGGAAGACUGCAGAUUAAUUUUUAUUUGCCUGAGCAUUUUUGUAGUUUCCACCAUUGGAAUGGGGCUGCAGAAUCCAGGAAUUGAAUUGAUGACAUUGGGCUCAGCUGCAGAAUAACCAAUGAAUUACCAUGGUGAGUUGAGAAUUUAAAAGCCAAUUGCAAUGAAAUUUCACUUUUUCGAGAUGGAUUAAAAAUGAGUAGUAUGUACUACUGAUGCUAUCUUGGCAAAGCUGCAAAGCUGUUUAUUGCAUAAUUGUCUAAUCAGUGGUAGCCUCUAAGCAGCAUCUGGUAAUUAGCGGUUAUGUUGCAAGUCACGCAUGUUGCCUCCAAUAUUUUACAGUACGCCACAAGUAGAUGGUGGAUGCUGCAUAAUCUCUGACGUCAUGCUGGAAAGCUGUACAUUCUAGGUCAUGCGUCACUUCUGGCGAACGGUAAUGGUGGAAUGUUUUUUUUUUUUUUUCAUUAUUAAAUAUGCCUAGUUUUUCCAGCUUAUUAUGACGCUGCUGCUGAUACUUGAAAAGCAGAAUUUUAUUAGGGUGCUCCUCUGUGACUACUCUACCUUAAACUAAGGUUUUUAUGUGCUCCGAAAUUCUGUUGUAGUCGGCCUUUAAGAGGUUAACAAAAUGCAUUAUAAUAUUCAAUGGUGCAUGUGCCAUCCAUCUUUAUUGCAGUUCUCUUCUGUUGAAGUUUGUGUGCUUCGUGCUCUCAUCUUUUGCAGAUCCCACAGCUAUUUCACAGGCCAGCACAAGGAAGACAACUUCCGGGGAAGAAAUUCAACACCUACGGAAAAUCCUUUAUGUGUUUUGGUUGUGCAGAUGAACAAGCCCAGUGUCUGCAAUGCUUUGCACUUACUCCUCCGGUUUGGGUUCAUGUUUGUGCCAAGGCACUGAAAUUUGCACCUGGGCCUGGUCUGUGAAGCAGAUAUUUGGACCUGUUGGCAAAGGUGUAAUACACUGUGUAGUGUGGAAAACGUGGGGCGAACGACAAAAGGGUGUCAACAAACAGCAUUGUGACAUAAGACAAACAGGCGGAGGUGGCAUCACCAGAUGGCAGCACAGUGCCCAAGAGCAUGUAGAUGACUUGUCUCUCAGACAAGCGGGACAUUUCCCACUCACUGAAAAUAGUCGGGCCAACCUGUGCCCCUCUGAAAAUGUGGACCUCGAGCUGCACCUUUGCCGCUACUGCAGCAAGUCCUUUGCAACACGUGGCAACCUGAAUGCACACCUCCGCAUACACACUGGCGAGAGGCCGUUUCAGUGCCACCUGUGUCCUCGCGCCUUCACACAGAAGGCAACCCUUGUGCACCACGUGCGGACACACACAGGGGAGAGACCGUACCAGUGCCGCUUUUGUCCCAUGGCCUUCGCACGCAAGUUGCCCUGCAAGUACCACGAACUCCGCAGGCACCCAAAAGGGACCCGUCGACAUGUGAUGCCUGCAACGGCACUGGCACUUAAUUUUCCUUCUGCCCAGCAGGAGUUGCCUUGCGUGCUGCGUUUCGUCAUGUCGUGCCCACAUAUAGGCACCACCAGAUGGCAGCACGGGACUCAUCAACACGUAGACAACUCGUCUGCCAGACAUGCUGGACAACAUUUCUCACACACGGAAAUUAGUGGGAGCGACCUGUGCUCCUCGGAAAAUGUGGACCCUGAGCUGCACACUUGCGGCUACUGCAACAAGUCGUUCACAAAGCGUUCCAGCCUGACCGUUCACCUCCGCAUCCACACCGGCGAGAGACCAUUUCGCUGCCACAUGUGCCCUCGGGCCUUUGCGCAGAAAGUUAAUCUCACACAUCACUUGAGGACACAUACAGGGGAGAGACCAUUCCAGUGUCGCUUUUGUCCCAUGGCCUUCGCGCGCAAUGCCUUCACGCAGAAGAGAAUCCUUGAGGCCCAUAUUCGAACGCACACGGGCGAGAAGCCGUUUAAGUGUCGAUUCUGCCCGAUGGUGUUCACACAUAAAUGGCAGAUGAAGAAGCACGAAGACAUGCAUCCACUGUGUGCCAUGGUUCCAGCCGGAAAGUUGACCGUCGACAUAUUCGCCGUAUUGGCAGAAGCACAUGCCACAGGUGUCACGACUCAAGGUAGCAUUCAGGCCAGGAGCCCUCCAGGCAUAGGGAUGAGCACCAUCAAAUGGCAGCACAGUGCUCAUCAGCACAUGGACAACUUCUCUGCCACUCAAACAGUGCAGCAUUUAUCACUCGCAGAAGUUAGCAGAAGCGACCUGUGCUCCUCCGAAAAUGUGGACAUCGAGCAGCGCACUUGCAGCUACUGCAACAAGUCCUUCACAAGGCGUAGCAACCUGACUGUUCACCUCCGCAUUCACACUGGCGAGAGACCAUUUCACUGCCACCUAUGCCCUCGGGCCUUCACACAGAAAGUGACUCUCAAGUAUCAUAUGCGGACGCAUACUGGGAAGAGACCGAUCCAGUGAUGCUUUUGUGGCAUGGCCUUCGAGUGCAAGUUGUCGCGGAGGUACCAUGAGCAUUGCAUGCACUCAAAAGGGACCGCAGCUCCCUGAAGGGCUUGCCACAUAGUACUGGUGACAAUCG